CUGUUGUUUUUAGUUCAGCCAUGUUGUGUACUUUUGUGGUUGACAUUCAUUAUUUUCUUAAAUUUUAUGAGAAAUUUGAUAGAUGUAAAGAGGAUAUUUUUUUCUGUAUCAACUUUUUUACGGAGACGUUUAAUUCAAUUGUGUGUUGUUUAACACAACGUACAUAAUUUUCGCGGUUACACCCGUUUCAUAUUUAGAAUUUGAAACAAAAUGGCUAAAUCAAGAAAGAAAUCUAAGUCGGCGAAGCCACCGCCAGUAAAGGCUUCUACUUUUCCUACUGAAGACUGUAUAAAAUCUAAUGUAUUGGCUGCAACAUUAAGUGUAUCAAAUCAACCUGUGUUGAUGAAAGUAUGCAGGCUAUGUGGCACUAAAGACGGACCGUUUUUAAAUAUUUUUGAUCCAGAACAGGUCACUGCGACCAAAGUCGACCAACUGAUGCCAUUUAAGAUUGCAGAAAAUGAUGAUCUACCUCACAAGAUCUGUUUUAGAUGUUCAGCAAAAGUAGAAGAACUUCAUGAAUUUGUACAGAAAUGUAUCAAUACACAAGAAAAUUUACAUAGCACUAUGGGAAAGAAAGCGCCUGUUAUUUUAAAACCUAAAACACGAUCUGUUUGGGAAGAAAAAUUAAAUAAAUCGAAUAUGUCAAAUGAUGACAUAUGUGAUGCUCUGAUUAAAAGGGCUAUGGAAGGUAUCAAAGAUAUUCCUUUGAAAACUCUAUCAUUGGAUGAACAAAAUGUAAUUCCUAAUAAAAAGUCAGAUGUGAAAAAUAGGAUGCCUUCACCAGUUUCAACUUUAAAAGAGGAACUUAAUAAUCCUACUUCACCAGAUAGUAAAAGUAAUGUGCAAUUAAAACAGGUAAAAUUAAAAAUUGAUAAAUGUGAUCAAAGGGUAACUAGAACUUCGCGGUUAAAUAAUUCUGAGAAAGCACAUAGUGUUGCAGAUGAGCAGAGCUUAAAAAAUGAAAAAAAUAGCCCCCAUUUGUCCGAAAAUAACAAUGAAAAUAAAAGCUUAGAUACAUUAUCAAAUAAUAAGCCAAAAUCUACCAGUGUUAGUAGCCUAAGUAUUGAUUAUAAGGAUGAAGAUACAUCAAAUGUGAAGAAACAAAGUGAAACGAAAAACAGUGUUACAAAUAAUCCAAAAACUGUGAAACCUUUAUUUAACAUUAUGGAUCAUGUCAGUAUGAUCAAAGUUAAUGGUGUGGGUGUAUUAUUCCAGUGUAAAUUAUGUAAUAGGAACUUUUUAACGAAGGAAGUUGUUAUGUCUCAUGCUUGCGCCAAAAAUGGUAUUCCUAAGGUUGAUUUCACAGCAAAUAUACCUCCACCGGAGCCUCCAAAAGUGACUACUGUAAAAUAUAUAAAUACGAAAGUAAAUAAUGAAUUGAAAAAAACAAUAGACCUUGAGGUUAAUACACCUUCAGUUACAGAAACAAAACCUAAGCCGAGAAUAGGUCCUGCUAGUAAAAUUAGGCGGGAACAAAAUGAAUCAAAUUCUUCAGGUACACCAACAACUGAUACAAAUGUUCCAUUAAAAGUAAGCCAAUCACAACCGCAGUCAACUGUUCAGUCCGCAACACCAAUACCAAAUGCAGCUGCUCCUACUAUAAAUUUUCCAGCUAUGCCAAGUUUACAAGGACGUUACAAGUUAAUGCCUGGGCCUAAUAACACAUUUACUCUAGUUGAAGAUAUAAAUCAAACUGUAAGUAGUGACACGCAAGCAAAUGAAACUGUAAAUUCUCAUAAAUCCAAUUCAAUUUUGAAAAAGAGGAAAUCAGACGAUGUUAAGAAGACACAGGUUGUGCAAAAUAAUAGUAACAUACUAGCUGACAAACAAGAUAAAAGCAGAGUUGCUACACCAAAUUACUCCUCUACCAUUAUUGAUUUAGAUGCCCAACCAGAUGUUGAAAAAUCUACCUCCGAACAGCCGUAUCCAGUAGGACUAUUUCAAACAGUAGCCCAUCGUACUUACCCACCGCCACUUCCAGAACCACCAACAUUUACAACCCCUGCUAUGAAAAAACAAUCAUAUACAAUUGUUCAAACUGGUAAUCCGAGUAAAUUACUAAUUUCCACAAAGCCUCAACCCCAAGCUCCAGCGGAGGAAGUUCCAAAGAAACGAUCCAAAAAGGUUAAGGCAGACCGUAAUGUUGAAGAGUCAAAGGAGCCAUUCUCUGUGACAUUAGAAGCUGCUAACCAUCCAAAGGAUCCUGGGUUCUUCACGUUUAUUAAUGUAGAUCCUUUAUUACAACCUUCAUAUGUGUUGCCAACAGAUAAUAUUAUUCAAGAGUCACAAAUUUCCACAUCUACAUCCGUAGCAAAAGAAACAGAGACGAAGGAAAAAGAAAAAUAUUCAUGUAAUAUGUGUAACGCAACAUUUUCUAGGGAAAAGAAACUUCUUACUCACAUUCAUUCGCAUUAUAAUAAAAUGGACGAGGAAGAUCAGAGGAGAGCGGAGAAGAGUACCACUCGGAAACGGGGAAAACGAAAUUAAUAAUUUUUCCUGUAGUUAAUGGCAUUUAUAAACAAUUUAGUGAGUAAAUAUAAAUAAUGUAUGAAUACAAUUUUGUGUUUGUCAAUUUUUAUUUUUAAUAUCACAAUGUGUGAAGUGGCAAUGGAUUUUGAAAUAUCCAAAUCCAGUAUAGAUCACCAAGAAUAUAUUUUAUGUAUUGUGAAAGAAGUUUACAAAUUUAAACUUAUAUAAUGCAUGUACAUUCAGGUAACUUUUUAGCAUGAUUCAAUUAAUAAAUACGUCUGUAACAAUACCAUUUAGCUUGUAAUCAAGGUGUUGUGUCCACCUUGUAUAAAUAUUUUAAAGUAUGCAAAAGAAUAAAUAUAUUACCAAUUUUAUAAUUUGUACAUGGUGUUAUAUCAAUGGUAAAAGACUUUAGAUUGUUUAUAGCUUGACGAAGUGUAACAAACCUGCUAAUUAUUAUUUUUAAAAUAAAUAAUUUUCAUUGUUUUGAUUAUUUAAAAAUUGCUCUGAUAGCGAAGUAAAAUAUUAAUUCCAGAAUAUUUUGCAUAUAAAUCUAUUUAAAAAAAAAAUGUCUACCUACUUUAUGUUGUUUAAUCAUCAUCAUCAUAUCGGCCUUUAACCGGUGAACUUUGCUGAACGUAUGCCUCCCCUUUGGGGGGGGGGGGGG